AUAUAGACAUAGAUCACAUUAUAUAUAGACACAGACCAAUUAUUUGUUUAUUAUUCAUAUAGACUUCGUAGCUGUCAGGCAUUGAAUUUAAAAAUUAUUAAAAAAAAUAUGUGGGUUUUUGGCUAUGGAUCACUAGUGUGGAAAGUUGAUUUUAAAUAUGAGUCAAAAACUGUUGGGUAUAUCAAAGGUUACCUUCGGAGGUUUUACCAACAUAGUAUCGAUCACAGAGGUGUACCAGAAAAGCCGGGAAGAGUGGUAACUUUGAUUCCCAGCAAAGAACACAAUACUGAAGUUUGGGGAGUAGCAUACAAAAUAGCUAAUCAAGACAUAGAAAGUGUAACGAAACACUUGGAUUAUAGAGAGAAAAAUGGAUAUUCUAAGAAAACUGUUACAUUUUAUCCUAAAGACAAUAAAAUUGAACCAUUUGAAAUAACACUCUAUGUUGCAACUAAAGAAAAUGAAUCUUUUGCAGGUCCAGCUUCUAUUGAAGAUAUUGCCAAGCAAGUAGUGAGUUGUACAGGUCCAAGUGGUUCUAAUAAGGAAUAUGUUUAUCAAUUAGCUGAUGCAAUGAGGCAGAUAGCAAUGGGUGCUAAUGAUGAACAUCUUUUUGCUCUAGAAAGGGCUGUGAAGCAACUUGAUACUGAUUAAGGUGCAUAAUUUAAAUAGCCAAUUCAAAAAAAAAAUAUAUAGUUAGUUGACUAGUGUUAUUAGAAGUAAAGAAUUUACGUUCCUCCUACUAAAAGUACAUGAAGAAGCAUUUACCUCAUAAUAUUUUUGCAGUAUAACUUGAGUAUGAUCUUUAGUAUUUAUAGUUAAUGACAAGGAGUUAAUUACUACAUAUUUCUGAACCUCUAAGUAUUAUAAAGUAUGACCAAAACUACUUUAAUGCAAUAUUUCUAGUCUACUUAUUAAAUCUAUGUUCAAUAUCAGAGAGGUUCUGAAUUACCACACCUGUUAUAUAAUAUUGUCCUACUAUCAUGGGAAUUGGUAGCCUGUCCAUGGUGCUUGCUCUAGAACAUAUCACAAUGCACAUUGUUUUAAAAAUAAGCCUGGUUAAUAAUGUCAGCGAUCAUACAAACACAAAAAAGUCCAUAUAGUCUUGUGUUUGUCUUAUAUACAUAAUUGCAAAUAUCAUUAAAUAAACAUGGCCAUGUGUCACCUCGUAUCACUUAACAAGUUUUUAGAAGUGCUGUGUUUAGUGUUCACUAAGAAUAAUUUAAAGAGUAUUUAUAUGUGUUGCAUCAAAUAGAAAUUAUUAUAAAAUAUCCUGGAUUAUAGAUAUAUGUUAAUGUUAUACCAUAAAUUUCUGAUAUAUGAUAGCAGGAAUAAGAAAGCAAAUUUUGGAAUAUAUGAAGAGCAUUUUUUUCCAAAUCAUUGGUAUUAUUUGUAUUAUUGCCAUCAUUAUGAAAACAGAUUGUUUUUGUGAUGCUAGGCUAAAAUAAUUUUUAAAUGUGAUAAUCCAGUAUUUAAUGUUUAGCGCCAUCUAUGAAAGUAAUUUAGAAAAAUAGUAGGUAUUAAAUCUAAGUCGGAAACAUUUAAGUUUCAAAAUAACACACUAGAUGGCGCUUUGAUAAAUUAAAGUUCAUUAAUUGAAUAACAGGAUAUUAACAUUUUGUUAAAACCCACAUAUUGCAUAUUCCUCAAUAAGUUAUAUUUGAAUUUGAAUUGUAAUUAAAAUAUAAAAUACUUCCUUGUUUUAAAAGGUCACUUGAAAAGUUAAACACAAAGUACACAAUGCUGUGAAUUAACAUUCCUAGACAUAAUCCAUUUAAGCUUUGGACUUUCUGUUUAAAGAGAUGUAAUUAUUUAUUUUUAUAUCUAUCAUAAUUUUUAUUAUAUAAUUACUUAAGCAUGCAAAUGUUAUUUAACGUAGAAAUGAAUAUUAAUAACAUGAAAGCAGUAUAUAAUAAGAGUUAAUAACAUCAAGUUACAUUUCAAUUUCUUUUAAAUUUAACACUUUAUAUCAUUACAAUGUUCAAGGACCGAUAACGUGAUCGAAGUAAUUUUCCUGUGAUUACGAUAGCGUGAUAUAUUUAUAUUAUCUGGUGCUUUAGUUAUAUAAUAAAAUUAUUUAGUUUAUA